UUUUCUGUAAAGUAAUUCCGGCAAUGGAUUAUUCAGGUGAGUUGGAGCAGGCCUUAGAGACCAUUUUCGCCUUUGUUCCCACCCUUGUUCUCAAAUCUGCCAUACUUCUCAAUAUUCCUGAUAUCAUAGCAAAAGCAGGCGCCAAUGCCUCCCUUUCUCUUGAUGAGAUCGCGUCAGAACUUCCCACUAAAUCUCCCAAUCUGCAUUACCUUUCUCGCAUUCUCACAUAUCUCUCUAUCAAGGGUAUUUUUUUCCAAACGCAGAUGAGCGACAACCCAUCUGAUAUUCGUUAUGGGCUCACUGAUUCUGCCAAGAGGUUUUAUGUUAGGGAGAAUAAUCCAGGUAACCUUGUGCCACUUCUCCUCAUGCAAGCACACCCCGUGUUAAUGGCAUCAUGGCACCAUCUUCAUGAAUGUGUGCUUCAAGACUGCCAUGCAUUUGAGAAGGCUCACGGAAAGGACUUGUGGGCAUAUGGGAAGGAUGACCCACUUGUUAGCAGUGUUGUCAAUGAUUCCAUGUCCACACUUACAGUUCUGGGUAUGGAGCAAAUUGUGAGCUGCUAUGACGGUUUCAAGGAUGUGAAAACUUUGGUUGAUGUGGGCGGAGGAAAAGGAACGGCCUUGGCGCACAUUGUUAAGGUUUAUCCCCACAUCCAUGGAAUUAAUUUUGAUCUUGCUCAUCUUGUUCAGACUGCCCCGUCGAUUCCAGGUAUCGAGAACGUGGGUGGCAGUAUGUUUGAUAGCAUACCUUCAGCAGAUGCCAUAUUUUUUAAGAAUGUUUUAAUAGACUGGGAUGAGGAGAAAUGCGAACAGAUACUUGGAAAUUGCCACAAGGCUUUGCCAGAAAAUGGAAGAGUCAUAGUGGCAGAAAACAUUACAACAGAGGAGGCAAGACCAAAUAAAUCUAUUGAAAUUGUUGCAGAUCUAGUUAUGAUCACCCUUGCAAAUGGAGGAAAAGAGAGGAGUGAGCAGGAAUGGAAACGGCUGCUUCAAAAGUCAGGCUUCAGCGUAAUAAAGAUUGUUGGACUACCUGGGCUAUUUUCAAAGUUGAAGAUUAUAGAAGCCAUUAAGGUUUAAAUACAAUCAUCAGAGGAAAAUGAUAUUUAGAGUGAAUAUUUAAUCAUCUUUGCCUUAUCCCAUUCAAAUUGGUGCCAAUUUAAUGAUAAUUGUGAAAGGCCACACUCAUUUUAAUUUCU